GUAUUUGCUUUUCUGCGCUUCUGAGUGUGGGUUUUCGACAUCGCAUCGCCCAUCAUGCUUGAUGAGAGCGCGACGUCAGUGGACCCCAAGGGUCUAGCGCGUGUCCUGAUCAUCGUCCCCAUCAUUUUCUUGAUCCUUACAGCCGUAAUUGUUAUUCUGCGAUGUGUUGUUCGAUUAAAGUAUCGUCUCUUUGGUAUCGACGAUGGUCUCAUGCUUAUCGGAUGGUUAGAUACUACACGUUGCAUUCACUGCUGCCGGCCUGCGUGCCGUUUACGCAGGCGUGGGGACAAAAGAUAAAGACCUGAACGCAUACCUGCAAGUCCACGGUCGAAAGUGGAUGUGGAUUGGCCAGAUAAUUUACGACUUUUCAUUGACGCCUCUCAAGACGUCCAUCUGUGUUACUCUCCUACGUAUCGCCGUCACCAGAACUCAUCGAAUCAUUGUCUGGGCAACUCUCAUCUUCACUAUUGUCACUACGAUGUAUAACACCAUUGGCACCUUUUUCGGAUGCACGCCGAUCUCUGCCAACUGGAACGACAGAGAAAAAUGCUCUGUACCAUUCUUAAUGAGUCUAGGCUAUGUCGUGUCCGUUAGCGCAGUUAUUUCGGAUUGGACUUGUGCUAUUUUGCCUGUCUUCAUGCUUUACAAGUCCCAUAUGAGGAAAGCCACCAAGGUCUCUGUCAGCAUCAUCCUUGGUCUGGCUGCACUGGCCUCGAUUUGUACUAUUGUUCGAAUACCUUAUUUGACAGCGUUUUCACGGCCUGGUAAUUACUUAUACAACGUCGGAAACAUCGUCCUAUGGUCCACUCUGGAGUCGGGAAUCGGAAUUAUCGCUGGCUCCUUACCGUCACUACGAAAACUUGUCAGCUCUCAUUUCCAUUUCGACACAUCGACGGGUAGCUCCCCAGCUCACAUUACGCCAUUUUCUGGAGCCAGUAGAGCCGUCAUCACUUCGAAAUCAGUGGCGACAACACGUCGAACUCACAGGGGCGAGGUUGGCGAUAAUUGGGAGCAGCUUGAUGACGUUGAGGGCACAUCCAGCCAGAAGAUAUAUGUCAAGGUGGACUUGGAGAUGCAGUCUUUGGAGAGACCAGAAACAUCGAGAGAGUCACAUGGGUCCCGUGAAGACCUGGUACAUCCAUAAACAGACUUUUAAUAUUAUUUGUAUUCUAGCUAAACUCUAAAUAAAUGGGACAACAGCACAGAGAAAUUUGUCGAGC